CUUUCCUGAGCUCCGAGUCCCACGAGAGCUCACUUUCUAACCGCCCGAUUGAGAUUCAAGCUGACCCCAUUUCAGAGCUCUGGUCAAUGAUCCACCACCUGCACAUACGGCUCUGAUGAUUGCAGACCCUUCACUGGAGCAGACAUCCCAGGGACAGUGCAAAUGAGGGAUGGACAGCUGUUUCUUGUUCGUGAAUUGUUUGUUUUAAACAACGACCAUUUCCGUAGCUGCAUACGGCUCUUGAUUGGGAGAGGCGAACAGGGGAGGCUGAAGUGAUGAUUAUCUGAUCAAAUUGAUUGGCAACGCAUAAACCUCGGACUGGAACAGAUAUUCUUGUUCCUGAGUCGGUCCCAGAUAUGGAAAUGGCUUUGCAAGCACAGAGGCCUGUGAGCUGCGGAGCGGUCUUCAACAGCAGCGAGAGAAGCAAUUCAAAGAUCAAGCCUUUCGUGGGUUUCUUUCCCAACGGAAGAACUCUUCCAUCCCAACUCCCUCUGUGGCAUAAUGAGUGCUCAGCUCGCGGGGUCCGAUUUUGUGUUUCUGCCGCUGCAGAUUUUUCGAGGAGAAGACAACGGAAAGCAUCGUCGAGUGCAAGAACUAAAGGGUCUUCAUCAAGAGGUUCCAAGCCGAAAUCGCCCGUGGGAAGUAGCACUAGUAAGAAAGAUCAGAAAAGCAACGACGAAGGUGGGAAAGGCCCGAGCACUACCGCGAGUGAGCACCUGGGCCCGAAUGUGGAAUCGCUCGAGUUGAAGUUUGAAUCUGAUGAGGAGCUAGUGGUUGAAGAAAUUGAGGAAAAUGUGGCUGAGGUGACCCAAGAUUCUGAGUUCGAUGGGAAGGUCAAUCAGAAGAUACCAGUAAGCAAGAAGUUCAUUGAGAAUGGAACUUUAGGGGGGAUUAAAGGGGAUGUAGCAGUCCUACAGGAGCAAGAAAUUGCUUCGGAGAGUGAUGUUGAGGAUGUUCAUGAUGCAAUCACUGAGAAAGAAGAGCCUUCAAAUGAGGUUGAAAUGAUCACUGAUCGUGAGGCUGAAAUAAGAGCAGAGAAGGAAGCUUCUAUGAAAGCCGAGAUGGAGGCGAAUCUUCAUAAAAUGGAAAUUGAGAGGCUUGCUGAGGAGUACAUCACGAGAGGUGAAAAGCUGUUCAUCUACCCUCAGACAGCGAAGCCUGAAGAAGAUAUCGAGAUCUUCUUCAACAGGAGCCUUUCAACACUGAGAGAUGAGCCCGAUGUUUUAAUUAUGGGGGCAUUUAACGACUGGCGAUGGAAGUCCUUCACUGUGAGGCUCAACAAGACCCAUCUCAGAGGAGAUUGGUGGUCUUGUCAUAUUUAUGUCCCCAAAGUGUCAUACAAGAUAGAUUUCGUAUUCUUUAACGGUCAAGACGUGUACGAUAACAAUGAUAAGAAGGACUUCUGUGUGCCUGUUGAAGGGGGGAUGGAUGCAUUUGCAUUCGAGAAUUUCCUGCUAGAAGAGAAGCGUCGGGAGCUUGAGAAGCUAGCGAGGGAAGAGGCGGAGAGGGAGAGACAGGCGGAGGAGCAGAGGAGGAUAGAGGCAGAGAAGGCUGCUAGUGAAGCAGACAGAGCCCAGGCAAGGGUGGAGAUGGAAAAGCAGAGGGGAAUUUUGCAGGAGUUGAUGAGGAAGGCUCCAAGGUCUCUUGAUGGGGUUUGGUACAUUGAGCCCAGCGACUUCAAGGGAGGAGUCUUAGUCCGUUUGUAUUAUAACCGAAGCUCGGGUCCUCUUGUUCAUUCUAACGAAUUAUGGAUCCAUGGAGGUUAUAAUAACUGGAGGGACGGGUUGUCUAUUUCUGGAAGGCUUGUCAAGUCCGAGAGAAAGGAUGGUGAUUGGUGGUAUGCCAAUUUUAUUGUACCCGAUCGAGCCGUUGUGUUGGAUUGGGUUUUUGCUGAUGGUCCUCCACAAAAUGCGGGUGUGUAUGAUAACAAUCGUCGGCAGGAUUUUCACGCUAUUGUCACUGUGAGUAUGCCAGAAGAGAUGUAUUGGGUGGAGGAGGAGCAUCAGAUAUAUCGGAGACUCCAAGAAGAAAGAAGGAAGAGAGAAGAAGCCGUGCGUGCCAAGGCUGAGAAAACAGCCCAUAUGAAGGCAGAAACAAAGGAAAGGACCAUGAAGAGGUUCCUGCUGUCACAGAAGCACAUAGUCUAUACUGAGCCUCUCGAAGUGAAUGCAGGAGAAUGUGUGACAGUUUUCUAUAACCCUUCAAGCACUGUUUUGAAUGGAAAGCAUGAGAUUUGGUUCAGGUGCUCAUUCAACCGGUGGACCCAUCGAAUGGGCCCGCUGCCGCCUCAAAGAAUGGUACCUGCUGAAAAUGGCUCUCAUGUCAAAACCACAGUGAAGGUUCCUCUGGAUGCGUAUAUGAUGGACUUUGUGUUUUCUGAGAGAGAGGAUGGUGGAGUUUUCGAUAACAAGGAUGGAAUGGAUUACCACAUUCCUGUGGUUGGAGGGAUUUUGAAGGAGCCUCCGUUGCACAUUGUACAUGUUGCUGUCGAAAUGGCCCCGAUAGCAAAGGUGGGAGGCCUCGGAGAUGUUGUUACUAGUCUCUCUCGUGCCGUUCAAGACAUGAACCAUACUGUCGACAUCAUUCUUCCGAAAUAUGACUGUUUAAAUCUGAGCAAUGUGAAGGACUUCCAGUUCAAUAGAAGCUAUUCGUGGGGCGGGACUGAAAUAAAAGUUUGGCAUGGAAAGGUCGAAGGUCUUUCUGUUUACUUUUUGGAGCCUCAAAACGGUUUGUUUGGGAGAGGAUGCAUAUAUGGUUGCAACGAUGACGGGGGAAGAUUUGGUUUCUUCUGCCACUCUGCUUUGGAAUUCCUACUGCAAAGUGGAUUUCAUCCCGAUAUAAUCCAUUGCCACGAUUGGUCAAGUGCUCCUGUUGCUUGGUUGUUUAAGGACCAUUACAUGCACUAUGGUCUUAGCAAAGCUCGUAUCGUCUUCACCAUUCAUAACCUCGAAUUUGGGGCCCAGCUUAUAGGCAAAGCGGUGACCUACUCAGACAAGGCUACAACUGUCUCCAAUACUUAUGCAAAGGAGGUGUCCGGCAACCCUGCAAUUGCCCCCCACCUUUAUAAAUUUCAUGGCAUAGUAAACGGGAUUGACCCUGAUAUAUGGGACCCGUACAAUGACAAGUUUAUUCCUGUACCAUAUGCUCCCGACAAUGUUGUAGAAGGCAAGAGAGCUGCCAAGGAAGCUUUGCAGCAACGACUUAACUUGAAAAAGGCUGAUCUCCCUCUCAUAGGGAUCAUCACUCGCCUGACUCAUCAGAAAGGAAUCCAUCUCAUAAAGCAUGCAAUUUGGCGUGCCUUGGACCGUGGUGGACAAGUGGUGUUGCUUGGUUCAGCUCCGGAUCCUCGCAUACAGAACGAUUUUGUAAAUCUGUCCAAUCAGUUGCACUCUUCUCAUGCAGACCGUGCUCGCCUGGUUUUGACCUAUGAUGAGCCUCUCUCUCACUUGAUAUAUGCAGGUGCUGAUUUUAUUUUAGUCCCGUCGAUUUUUGAGCCUUGUGGACUCACCCAACUCACAGCCAUGAGAUAUGGCUCCAUACCUGUAGUUCGAAAAACGGGAGGACUUUACGAUACUGUAUUUGAUGUUGAUCAUGACAAAGAGAGAGCUGAGGCGCAGGGUCUUGAGCCGAAUGGAUUCAGUUUUGACGGAGCUGAUCCUGCCGGCGUAGAUUAUGCCCUAAACAGGGCCAUAUCUGCUUGGUACGAUGGUCGGGAAUGGUUCAACUCGCUAUGCAAGAGGGUGAUGGAACAGGACUGGUCUUGGAAUAAGCCGGCUCUUGACUACUUGGAGCUCUACCAUGCUGCUCGAAAAUGAAGACCAGGACAGAGAGAAUAAUCAUCGGGCAGUUUUUUGACCCGACCCAGAGACUACGGAUGAUGUACAGGUUCAUAGUGAUCACCACCUUGUUCAGUUCUUAUGGAAGAUAUGGUUGUUGGCUUACGUGCUGGAAAUUAUACCCAAUCCUAGAAAAUAAUCGUUGUACUGUUGAUUUUUGGUAGGAUGAAAGAAAGGGGGAAUAAGCAAGGGAUAAAUCAGCUUCAAUAAAGAUUAUUGUUGUACAGCAGUAGUAAUUGUCUUCUUGAAGAGUGAUUUUGAUGUAGUCAUGACUAGAAAAUCUCAAGAUUUGCAAGUCAAGAAAAAGAUCAACACGCAAGACCCGCUUAAGUUAUGCUCGAA